GGACAAGAGCCGUUCUUAGUGCUACCAGACUAUUCGAAUUCGUGACCCGCGCGCGUUACAACUUGACCUCGAGGCAAUCUUCCGUAUCGCUAUCGAUUAUCCGAAUCAAUCCAGUCCCACUGACUUUUUCAGCCACUCGUCUCACGCCGACAACUUAAAAGUUGGCCUGCCAUCAAGUACUUCCUCCAGUCAUUCUUAUCUGCUCAUCCCUGUUAUCAAGAUGGUGGGGACACAGAAUAACUUAGACAGCGUUAGGAGGACCGUUCAGUCACAGAACAACGUAAACAUGAUCUCGAGCAGCGUAUUGCCAAAGACUUCAUCAUCAAAGUUUAAGCCAGCCUUGGGCGCUUCUCACUCUCCAUUAAAUCCCAAUGCUCGCCAAAUGUCAGGCUCGAGUUCUUCACUUCCAUCGUUCGCAACACCAAAUUUUGGAAGGAAGAUGAUGAACGCUCGUCCAGCUCCAUUGUCUGCUCCGCUUGACCGGGAUCUCAUCGAUUUAUGUCGUGAACCAACUAUCGAGAUCAUGGAAGGCCCAGUAUCUUCCAGAAAGCGUCAGCCCCUUGAUGUCCCUGACGGAGCUCAACAAUCGGCCUCUAAGCGUCUUAAGGAAAGUAAUCGCGUUAAUAAGGAAAACAUCUUCAAUACCCAUCCUUUGUCAUCAAAAGCAAUAUCUCGCGCCAUUGUUCGACAAUGGACGCCUGAAAUCCCAAGCGAUGUCGAAGCAUCGAACACAGACCCUGCUUCAAAUGUACCAUCUCGUCUUGAUCUGUUUGCUGCACUACCUGCCUCUUCAGAAACUGCACAAUCUGAUGUGGGCACUCAGCUUGUCAAGAAUUCGGACCUAGACUCCCGAUCGCGAGGGUUUUUGGAACUGAUACUUGCCCGAAACCGUCAGGUCCGCGAUUAUUUUCUCCAGAUGAUAGCCGAACAUGGCAACAAGCCGUUGGACAUUUUCGAAAUCUCAUUUUUAUUGUGAAUAUACUAGUACUGUAUAAACUUUCUUGCUAAUUCUACAUAGGGCUCACAUUGAAGGUCGCAUCGAAGCUAUCCAAGAACGCCUGGCCCGCUUUAACCCCAUUAGCGAGCCAGCUCUAGCUCCACCCACAUCUACUCUUGUGUCGUCUGCGCCCACUGAUUUUAGGAGUGUCCUCGAACCAGAAGAUAUUGAUGUCGACGACCCACUUGAGCCAGAAGAUACUGACAUAUCGGCGGAGACCUUGAUUGUGCCUGACAGCGAUGAUCUUUGGGAGGGCCUUGACGAGCCCUCGACAUUGCAACUGGAUACCUUAACCUCGACUACUCCGACACUCGAUUCUGCAGAUGUAUCA